AUGCUGAACGAACGUAUGAUUGAGCACGUUAAGUCCAAGCUCACCAAGCGUGGUGUUAAGGUGUGGGACAAACUCGCUUCAAGAGUCUCAUUUUUGUAA